AUGGCGACCAGAAAGGAGGUCACAGUCAGAUACGAAGAGCAGCAAUGCACGUUGUUGUUGGUCGAGGGCGCCGAGCCAGAGGCACUGUCAUCCGCCCUGUUCGCCAAGCUGGGGAUUCAAGGGAUGUCGCCGUACCUCACAGAAGUGGGCAGCGACGCCGUGGUGCCCCUCACCGCCGCCCUGCCUGCAGGCAUGAUCCUGGAGGCGCACGCCAGGCAUACGCUGAGACCUCCCAAGCAACGCCUUCCCAGACAGCGACUUGGCACCGUGAGCAUCGACGAGAGCAGGGCCCGAACGCGCAGCAGGCUCGACAGCGGGGGCACCGAUGACGCCGACGCAGAUCUUCAGCGCCGAGCCGACAGCCCCUCGAAGGGCUGGACUUCAGCAGCGGCCGGUGGCGCGGCCGACCGCGGCCCAGAGACCCGGAGCAGAACGGGCACCUUCUCGUCCCCGUCGCAGAUCCCGAGCCCCUCGAAGAGACCAGGAGACCUCUGCGACCCCGGCGCCGCCACCGCGCCACUGCUCGCCCCGAGCAGUGCCUCGCCGCCUCCGCCGCCGCGCCUCAACCAGGCGUGCGAGCACGACGUUGCCGCCGAGGUGUUCCAGCCCGGCCGGCGGCCGGUCGUGCCGGGCCAGGAUCGGGCGAGGCCGGUGCGGAUCUCAGUCGAUGCCAACGCUGGAUCCUCCGCUUCUUCCCCUUGCGCACCGCGGAAGCAAGAUCUCCGAGGAGGCUUCUGA